CACCUGGCGUGGCGCAGAGGGACACACGUAGCCUGAACGUGUGGGUGGCACACACCAGCACGCCUGGGCCUCACGGGAGCCAGCCUGGGAGAACGUGGCUUCAGAGCAGGGCAGGAUUUGCAAGGCAGAUGGCGCUUCUUCCGGCCAACAAAGAUAUCAUUUCCACAGGAAUGAAGGAAUUCAAUGCUCUGCUGAAUCAGCAGGUCUUCACUGACCCUCCGGUCUCAGAGGAAGCCAUGGUGACCAUCGUGAACGACUGGGUGAACUUCUACGUCAACUACUACCGGCAGCAGAUGACCGGAGAGCAGCACGAGCAGGACCAGGCCCUGGAGGAGCUCCGGAAGGAGCUGAACACUCUGUCCGCCCCUUUCCUGGCCAAAUACAGGGACUUCCUGAAGUCCUUGUGAGCACCCGCGCCACCCACCGCCUCUGUCCUCGCCCAGAGGCCAGCCUGCGGCGCCAGGAAACCCUGUUCCUGCCUGCUCCGCGGUCCUCAGGCCUGCUCCUUCUGGCUGUCCCUCUACCCGGACGCCCCAAUAAAGACGACACUGGC